UGGCAUUUCAUUGGCUGAGGGGAGGACUGUCAAUCAUUCCUACAGCACCUGCGAGCGCUGUAGCCAUUAAAUGAGCUCUGCGUGACGACUUCGCGUGAACUCAGAAAACCCUUCUGGAUAUCCGUUCGUCUUCUUGGCCCGAGGCAGGAUGGAGGAAGCAGAACUGUUAAAGGAGCGGCUUCAAGCUAUUACGAAUAAGAAAAAAAUCCAAGAGGAAAUUGCCCACAAAAGGCUUGAGAUCGACAGAGAGAAACUGAAGCUUCAACAUGUUAAGAAAAGGUCCAUGAGAGAUCUGUGGCUCAUGGAUGGGAUGAACAGCAGUAAUGCACAGGAAACACAAAAAGCUCUUGAAGAUGCACAACAAACGAAACACCUCAAGAGUAAUAUACAUCGGAUAGAGAAAGAAAUUGAAGCGUUGGAGAGAGAGGAAAUGAACAUCUCAACAAAUGAGGGGCUGAUUCUAAAGAGGCUAAAAGCCAUUGAAAAAUCUCCAGAGGACAUUAUUAAGGCAGUGAAUGCAGAUUUCAUUUCAGACCCAAUCUAUAUUCAUUCAACAAUUCCAAAUAUGCCAAAGCCCAGCACACCUCUAUUAAAUCAGAGGAAGAAACAAGACCUGGAAACUAAAGAAAAAAAUGACCAAGCCAAACCUGCUUUGUUUGCUAUGGAAAUUAACGUUCAGAAGGACUUGCGCACAGGUGAAAGCCAAGUGCUGUCCACCUCCGCCAUUUCUCCCCAAGAGCUCCAGCAGAGAGGCAUCAAAGUCUACGACGAUGGCCGGAAGUCCGUCUAUGCCUUACGCACGGACGGCCACCAGCCUGGUGCGAACGGAGUGGAUGAACUCAGUCCAGUGGAGGUUGAGGAGCUGUUGAGACAGGCCUCUGAGAAAAAGAAGAGGUCCAAUCAGGUUCAAAUGGACCCUUCAUAUCCCUACAACAUCCCCCAUGAACUACAAUCAGACCCCAAUAACAGGGAGAGCCACAAAUCCAACGGAUACCAAGAUCCCUACAGCAUCGACUUAUCUGCAUGGCCUGAGCUUGUGUACAAUGAUGGUGUUCGCUAUCCGGAGGACGCGGGUCAUAGACUUCCACUCCUUCCAAUGCCUGAUUAUAAUGACAGACCAGACGAAUACUAUCACAACGGCAAUGGGAACAACUACAGUCGUGAGUUACAUAGAGGGGAAAGACACGCGCAUGGACAAUAUUACAAUAAAAGAGAGAACAACCUGGGAACGCAGCAUUUGGAUUGUGACAUCAGAAACCACAGCCCGUGUUCGGCCUACUCUGAGGACUCCAAAGUCAGCAUCCUGAACACCAUGCCAUCGGACGAGCCCGUCACCAUGAUCUUCAUGGGCUACCAGAAUGCCGAAGACAACAGCCAGAGCUAUGAGGGCUCAGUUCGGGCAGAGCUGGUGAUCAUUGGAGAUGGUGAAGAUGAUGCAAGCAGGAACAUCCACCCUGAUCAGAGCUCCAAUGUCAACAAUGCCUUUUCCUACUCUGCUGGACGGAAGGGCAAAAGAGACGGCGCGGAGGACCCGUCAACUGCAGCAUUACAGAUACAGAUGGAGAAACUGGGUCAAACCGCAUAGUGCCCAACACGCACAUUUUGUGGAACUCUGAGAUUGUCCAAAGUGGCCAGCGAGACAAGAAACACUGAAGCUUCCUUUCAGAUGUGCUCUUGUUGUAGAGCAAAACCUGAGUGACUGUCAAACCUCAUGAUGUGUGUGUGUGUGUGUGGCUGACAGCUGUUUAGGACACCUUCAUUAUCGGUUUAUCUGUGCUAAUGAAUGAGUCUGUCAUGUGUUUUUGUGGUGUUGUUUUUUUUAUUAUUCAGAUGUCCAUGUCAAGGUCAUCUUAGUGAGCCCUUAUUUAUUAUUAAUAAGGGCUCAUUGCUUUUUUCUUUAUAUUUAGAUAAAAUAGUAAGUGUUGCCUUUAUUAAAACAACUAACAAACAUUAAAGGUAUAACUCACCCAAAAAUAAAUAAUUUGUCAACAUUAUUUCAACCUCAUUUUUAAAACUUGUAAGACUUUCUCUCCUGAUAUUCUAAGUUGUUAUUUUUUCAUUUUUUAUUAGAUAUUUUUCAUUGUUAAUUAUAUUUGACAUUUCUGAUAUUUUUGAAACUGUUGUCAUACAGUGAAAGUGAAUGGGAACCAGGGAUAUCGUAGUCUCUAUUCGUUCUUAUUAUAUGGAAAAGAGCAGCUUGGACAAUCUGCUAAAUAUCUAAAUAUCGACUUUUGUGUUUUAUGAGUCAUGCAGGGUUUUUGUAACAACAUGAGGAUGAGUAAAUGAUGACAGAAUUUACAUAUUUUGGGUGAACUGUCCCUUUCAUGAACUAUUUGACAAAUAUUUUAGUUUUUUUGGUCACUCUGUAGUUUUGCAAAAGUGAUGGUACAAAUAAAUAAUAAAAUACUAAAUCAGAUUAAAGCUGAUCCUUUAAUACA